AUUAUAUUUCAGACAUGCGCAAUGCUCUGAAAUCUAAUGUCGGUCAAAUCCGUACUGGACCAGCUAUGGGUUUUAUAUUGUGUUGAACAACGUUGAUGUAACUUACAUUCCUAUCAUUUCACUCGUAAAAUACUCUCACACACACACGCACAACAAUAUAUGUAAGCUGAGGCAAUUAGAAAGAAAAAAAUACAGCUGUAACAAUAAUAAUAAUCCCAUCAACUGACUGAAAACGUUGGUUGAUCUGCUGAAGUUACAAAACAAGGAUAUUUUUGGUUUGUUUUCUCCUCUUUGGGUUUUGUUUCCUGCGUACAUUCAGUCUUGUGUAUCUUAGUAAUGAGACACUGAACUGUUUUUGGCAUUGUUAGCAACAUGUGUGCCGAAAGAUUAAGUCGUAUUUUAGCGAAAUGUCAGGCCUGUGUGGAUGCUAACAACUUCUAUGAGGCUCAUCAGAUGUACCGGACAUUAUACUUCAGAUACAAUGCUCAACAUAAAUAUGAAGAUGCCCUGGAACUACUUUAUAAAGGGUCAGUUACACUGCUCCAACACCGUCAGCAAACCAGUGGUACAGACUUAGCUUCUCUGUUCAUUAAUACGUUAACCAGUUCAUCUUCUCCUGUAUUAGAAGACCCAGUUAUCAGAAAACAUGACAUUCAAGCCUCACUCUUCUUUCUGCCACAGUCACCUGCAACUAUACAGAUGGGUUCUUCUCAGGACUUCAGAGUUUGUGAUUUUGUCACUUUUACAGAAAAGAAUUAUGAGCAAGCUCGGUACCAUUUCCUGCACUCAACAGAUGGUGCCAACACUGCUGCUCUACUCAUUGAAUACCAUGUAUCUCGGGGAUUUCCUAGCGAGGUCGACUUAUUUAUUGCCCAAGCUGUGUUGCAGUUCUUGUGCCUUCAAAAUAAAGAUACAGCUAAUGUUGUAUUCUUGAAGUACACCAAGGAGCAUCCUCACCUGAAAAAAGGACCACCUUUCCUGAUGCCAUUAUUGAACUUCAUUUGGUUUUUGCUUUUAGCUUUGGACACAGGAAAAGUCAGUCUGUUUACUAUCUUAUGUGAAAAAUAUGAAACUUCAAUCAACAGAGAUCCAACUUAUAAGGAGUAUCUCGACAGAAUAGGGCAGCUGUUUUUUGGGCUUCCUCCUCCAAAGCAGUCUCCACAUGGAAUUCUUGGGAACUUAUUGCAGAGUUUAUUUGGUGCUGAAGAUGAUCGUGAACAAGAUUCUGCCAUGGGAAGCAGUACUGAAGUGACAGCUGAAGAACUGGACUGAGACCUCCUCCCACCCACAAUCUUCCUUUCCCCUCCC